UGUCGAAGUACGAAAGCAUAACCAGAACUGAUUACCAAAACGAAUGCUCCACACAUCAUGUUCAACACAAUAUCUCUACUACAGGACCACCCAUUCGUGCUAGGGCGCGAAGACUCCCACCAAACAAGUUGCAGUUCGCUAAGAGAGAAUUCGAACACAUGAUGCAGCUUGGGAUAAUCAGACAAUCUAACAGUCCUUGGGCCUCGCCGUUGCAUAUGGUUCCCAAGAAAGAUCAAGACUGGCGCCCAUGUGGAGAUUAUCGCCGACUAAAUAACCAGACUAUCCCAGACAGGUAUCCAAUCCCUCAUUUACAUGAUUUUUCUUUAAAUUUACAUGGAAAACAGAUUUUUUCAAAGUUAGAUCUAGUCCGAGCAUACCAUCAAAUACCGAUGGCGCCUGAAGAUAUCGAAAAAACAGCUGUAAUUACACCUUUUGGCUUGUUUGAAUUUUUGAGGAUGCCUUUCGGACUAAAAAACGCCGCUCAAACCUUUCAGAGAUAUAUGGAUGAAGUAACUAGAGGUUUGGAAUUUGUAUUUGUCUAUAUCGACGACGUUUUAAUCGCUAGUUCUUCCACUGAAGAACAUGUCCAGCAUUUACACACGCUUUUUGAACGUUUCAAAAGUUAUGGUGUUGUAAUCAACCCUUCGAAGUGCAUAUUUGGAGCCUCAUCUCUGGAAUUCCUAGGACACCAUAUUGAUUCCCAAGGAAUUAAACCGCUUGAAGAAAAAGUCAAAGCCAUCUCCAGCUACCCAGAACCAACCUCAGUAAAAUCACUACGUCGUUUUCUGGGAACAUGCAAUUUUUAUCGUCGAUUUCUACCAAAUUGCGCCGAUGUACUACAGCCAUUGACAGAUUUACUGAAAAAUGAUAAAUCAGGUACCAAGAAAGAAAAAAACCAAAUAUUUAAGUUACCUUCUGAUGCUAAAGUAGCAUUCGAAAAAGCUAAAUCCAUGAUUGCUAAUGCUACCAUGCUUCAACAUCUAAAUACUGACCCCACAACACAGUUGAUCCUAUGCACAGACGCUUCACAAAAAGCCGUCGGGGCGGUAUUACAACAGCGAGUAAACAACUCGAUUACCCCAAUCGCCUUUUUCUCCAAGAGAUUAUCACCAACACAAGAACGUUAUAGCACUUUUGGACGCGAACUCUUGGCUAUGUAUUUAGCGGUAAAACAUUUCAGUUUUCUGUUACAGGGUCGCGAUUUCAUCAUUAUGACGGAUCAUAAACCCCUUUGCCAUUCUUUUGGCACAUCGUAUGACAAACACUCGCCACGAGAAGCAAGACAAUUGGAUUACAUCUCCCAAUUCACUACAGACAUCCGGUUUAUCAACGGUCACUCAAACAUUGUCGCUGAUGCACUGUCUAGGAGAGAUAUCAAUAUGAUGGUACGCAAUCAUGACAUCAGCCUUGAAACUUUGGCUAAACUUCAAGUAGACGAUGCAGAGUUGAAAGUCUGCAAAGAAAAGUCUAGCUUAAACCUCAAACCUGUACCAAUUCCGCUUUCAGAUGCAUUCAUCAUGUGUGACACCUCAACAGGCAGCAAUCGUCCGUUUGUCCCACAUGCCUGCAGACGAAAAAUAUUUCAGCACUUACACGGUCUUUCACAUCCAGGCAUCAGAGCAACAACAAGGCUCAUCACUGAACGUUUUGUGUGGCCGAAAAUCAACUCGGACGUUAAGCGUUGGACACGUAGCUGCCUCCAGUGUCAACGCAGCAAAAUACAAAAACAUACUAUCAGCCCGAUCGGCGAAUUUCCUAUUCCCGACAAACGUUUUCAACAUAUUCAUUUGGAUUUAGUUGGGCCACUGCCCCCGUCCAAUUCCUUUACCCACAUUCUCACCGCAGUAGACAGAUUUACAAGAUGGGCCAUAGCCUGCCCUAUAAAAGACACUUCCGCAGAAACGAUAGCUGGCGUUUUCCUUGAGCGUUGGAUAGCAAAUUACGGAGUACCGUCUAUCGUCACUACAGACCGUGGUCCCCAGUUUCAGUCUAUCUUGUUUCAGGAAUUUACAAGACUUCUGGGCGUGAACCACAUCAAAACAACAGCUUACCACCCAGCAGCUAAUGGCAUGGUUGAAAGAUUUCAUCGCCAAUUAAAAAGCUCGCUGAUGGCCCAAGAUGAUACAACCAAAUGGAGUGACGCAUUACCACUUGUACUCCUCGGUAUUCGUUCAACCAUAAAGGAAGACAUUGGAUGUACAGCCGCCGAGUUAGUCUAUGGUACAACUCUAACGUUACCUGGCCAACUAGUCAACUAUGAACCUACAACGCCAGGAGAGACUACUCACUUCGCAAGUCGCCUAUUACAAACUAUGCAGAAUAUUAAAGCAAUACCCCCUCGUGAACACAACAAUCGAGUCCAACUUGAUAAAAACCUUGAAACGUGCAAAUUUGUCUUUGUCCGAGUAGAUACGGUUAAAAAACCAUUGAAACAACCAUAUAAAGGUCCAUAUAAAGUAAUUAAACGCACACAAAAAUACUUCAUCGUCAACAGAGAUGGCAACAAGCAGACUAUUUCUAUAGACAGAAUAAAACCUGCUUUCUGUGAAGCUACUCAAGUCAAGGAAGACAACGCCGUUGAUAAUCAACCCCUCCCACCAGCGACUGAACAACCAAUGGAGGAUAAAAAACUUAAUACUAAGCCCCCUUGUUUAACACGCUCCGGUAGACCUAUAAACAAACCCAAGCGUUAUGUCCAUUUCGUUGAUUAAAAAAAAAGCAAAACACACACCUCUCUAUGUCACACACUACUAAUUUCAUCCAAAAAAUUUUUUUUUCCUUUUCACAGUGUACAUAAUCACAUUUUUCCACAAUUACUCGUUUUGUCAGUUUUUUUUAAAAAAAAAAAAAAUUUGUUUUGUUUUUGUCACACUAAUAAACGAGUAAACUCUGUUUAGUUAUUCAUUUAUCUUACACAAACAUAAACAGUUCUUUUUUUUUGGCUCUUUAGCAUUUUUACACAUUAUUAUUAUCAUUGUCAGCCAACCAAGGCAUUAAAUGACAGUGCCUUCAUUUUUUUUUUGUGUGUGUGCUCAUUAUACUAUGCUACAUCUCUACUACACGUCAUACUCAUCUCCACAUUUUUGUUGGUUAUAACUGUAAAUAUUAUUUUUGUAUACAUGUAUAUAUCACACCCUUACAUUUUUUCUAUUAUAACCAGUGUUACCUCCGGACACUCUGGGGGGAGCUAUGUGGAGAUGGACCUGUCAAGCUUAUUUUGUAAAUAGUUUUCAAUGUUAUUUGUAUUUACUUUGUCAACCUUCCACUGUAUGUAUAUUUAACAUUAAAUGACUGUAACUGUUGUUUUAGUAAAUGACCUUGAACACUUUCCGUUGUACUACUACAUUGCGUGCCAUACCGCUGCUAGCUAACAAAUACAACGCUUCUCGCAC